AAUAUAUUUGUGAAUAUAAAUGUACAAAACGCUGUUGUUUUUUAAAUGUACCGCGUCAUCAUUUGGAACGCGCCGUGGGUAUAAAAGCUGUAACAGCGACGGGAACAGCGAUAGUGUGGAUUGUCUGAAGACAAGAGACAAAGCGAGGAGAAACAACGAAGCAAAGCGACGAGGAACCGAGAGAUGCUGCACAUGAAGACGUUUCUUUCCGGCCGGAGUAGCGGCACAGUCCGGGGCCUGGCCUGCGCCGCCGGACUGAUCGCGCUCACCACCGCGGGAUACUGCGCGUAUCGCAGGCUGAAGAGGAUCAGCGACCUUCGAGCUCCUGAACGGGAAGCUGCUCAAGGAUCUGUUUUAGGUGUUGAUGUAGAGGAAGUUCUCGUAUGCACCGAAGAAGUCCCUCAGACAUCAGCUGUUGUCCUGGUCACUGAGACAAAUCCCCAGCUCCUGGACACCAGCCUUGACCCUGAGAAGUCAGCUGUCAUUCUGCUCUCACAUCACCAUGGCACACGUCAGCUGCACCCUGCCUGGCAGAACAUCCAGUUCCUCUCCUCACAGUCCUGCAGCUUCGUCUCUGAGUCCCUGGAGGUACACAGGUACAUCGCGUGCUUGGUGAGAGGUCCAGAAGUCCUGCUGUGGUGGAUCACCACCACCACCAAAAUGUCCAGCAAUCAUUGGGGAGCCUUUAACGCCACCACUCGGGAGAACUCGAUCACCUGCAUACAGCGAGUCUGCGGGAGCGUGAGAGCGCUGGUGUCCUGCCAUCACGAGGAGACGACCAUCCACGUGCCGUUCGAGGAUGGCGAGCAAACCAUUUACCAGGUGAGUCGCUCGUACCUUCGCGUGGACGUGGACGGUCAGGUGGACAUGUCCCAUGAGGAGGAAGGAAGUUUCUUCACUCCUCAUGCUGACUUUGACGUUCAGUCAGAAUUUGAGGAAAGUGACGUGGAACUUCCACCUGAGGAGCAGGAGGUGCCCUUCAUCAGCUUGUACCUCACAGGCCGUGGCAUCACAGACCUCGUCCUGAAGCUGCCUGCCGUCCGCGAGGCGUUCUCUAGGAUGAUGGCCAGCAUCCAUAACAAGAACUUCUUGUACGUGGCUGGCAAGCAGAUCUUGAUGCGUCUGGCAACAGCCAACAAACAGGAUCCGCGCGGCGUACAGAGGGCAUACGACGAGGUGAUCCGAUUCCUGAGAGAGCCUUCCUAUCAGGAAACGAUCGAGGCGGAGGUGCUCGAUGCUCAGUUUUAG